AUGACACACGGAGUAGCUGUACAAAUGAGAAGAAAAUUUGGCAACCUGACACAGUUACGUAGACUACAGAAAAAGGUUACCGAGGUAGCAUCACUAGAGAUAACAGACAGAAACAUAUUCUACCUCAUUACUAAAGAAAAGUUCUGGCAAAAACCGACCUGCGAAGAUAUUUUUCAGAGCCUACAGAAUCUCAAGAAAAUUUGCCAAGAGCGGAAAGUAACUCGACUCGCUUGUCCGCGUUUAGCGAUAGAUCGAGACGGUAUCAAAUGGGAAACCGUCCGGAGCAUGCUCUACUACACGUUCCGAAAUUCGGAAAUAGAAAUACAAAUCGUAACACGAGAGCAGUUAUCGAAGGAAGACCAGUUACGAAUCAUUAGAGAAUUCCACGAGACUCCUUUGGGGGGACAUCAAGGAAUAAAUCGGACAUAUCAAAGAAUAUUGCAGCAACAUCAUUGGAAGGGAAUGAGACAGAUGAUCAAAGCAUAUAUCCUUUCCUGUGAAACUUGCCAACGUCAGAAAAUACCAAAUCGAUCAGUAAAAGAACCGAUGGUUAUAACCACAACCUCUUCCAGACCCUUUGAGAAAAUCUUCAUGGAUAUUGUAGGACCAUUUCCUAAGUCUCAUAAAGGGAAUAUAUUCAUCUGA